AUGUCAUUUUUACCGUUGAAUAAAGAUGAUGAUAAACAGAUAACAAGACAAAAACCGCAUCUGACACCAAGUCAUACACAGGCCACAAUCAUAUCGGAAAAUGCAACACCGAUAGACGACGAUGACUCAACGCUAACAAAAAUAUCAAUCAGCAGUCGAACCAAACGAGAUGAUAACGUAGAAAAGCCUCAAAAGUUAUUUGUUGUUGUUUCAGAUGCCGAUGCAAUAUGUACUCCAUCAAUGUCAAAUGAAACAACUAAUUUUCAUCUAUUGAAUGUCGAUGAAUUUGAUGGCAAUGAAUCAAUAAAAACAUUGCCAUCACAUCAGCGCUCAUCGAUUUGUUCUGGCCAACAUUUGAGUCGUUAUCGAGAGCAAAACACAAUGAAACAUCUUGAAGAACGUUUACGUCGUCGCAGUUGGAUGGUAUGCCAAUCGAAUAAUUGUCAACCAUCUGAUAUUAUUCAACAAAAUCAGCAAACAAUAAAUUUGCUACGGUCUCGCCGCUUUCGAUUAGGCCAAUCGGAGCCAAAUUUAACAUCGAUACAAAUGGAUUCAUCCUAUCAAACAUCACGAUCGGUAAAAACUUCUCCGCGAACAUCAACCGUAGCAACAAACAACACUCUACAAUUCUUAAUGCGUCGUUCAAGCGUACGUCGCCCAAUAUUGUCCGGUUUAAAUUUAAUUAAUUUAAAACAUGCAUUACGAAAACAAUUAUCUCCUCAGCAAAAUAUUUGUGCAAUAAAUUGCGAUCUAAAUCAAGAUUCAUAUACACUCGAUAAUGAUAUUGACCGCCGUUGGUCAUUAACGUCUGCUCCAUCGUCGAGUGGUUAUGGUACAACAUCACCGCCAAGUUCUCAAUAUUCAUCAUUCGAACGUCUUCAACAUCAUCAACAACAUACAUGCACAUGCAGACAACAACAGUUGGAUACUAAUCUCUAUGAUGAUUUACAACGGCUAGAAUCUCGUUCGAUAUCAAUGUCAUUACUCGAUGCAACUAUUUCAUCGAUACCAAAUAAAUUAAUGACUGUACCCGAUCAAGACAUGAAUACCAUGGGAAUUAUCUACAAAGAACGUUAUCCAAAAGCCAAAAUACAAAUGGAAGAGCGCUUACAUAAUUUUAUUGAUACAUAUAAAUUAGUCGAUAAAUUUGAUUACUGUUCUGAUGGUUCAGCUCGUUUUAUACAUAAUCAAAUUGUUGAAUUAGCUAAAGAUUGCUUAGAAAAAUCGAAUAAUGAUUUAAUAACAACGCUAUAUUUCAAUGAAAUGACGGUUAAUCUUGAACGAUUAUUAUUAAAUACGAAAGAAAAAUGUCCACAAGCCGUUGAAGAUCUACAGACAAUUGUUCGAAAAAUUCUUUUGAUUAUCGCACGAUCAGCAAGUCUUCUGGAAUGUUUACAGUUUGAUCCGGAAGAUUUUUUGCGUACGCUAGAUGAAGUUGAAUGUCAAGCAAAAACAAUUGCUAAUAUUAAAAACGAUAUACCGAAAUAUAUUUGUUCGAAACUUAAUCUUGACAGAAACCCUCUUGAUCUUAUCGAUGGUCUACAGGCCGAUGAAGCAACUCAUAAUGAAUUAGAAAGCUUUACAGCGCUGUCAUUAUCUGAAAGUGAAUGUGAAUCCAGGACAGAUUCCAAUUAUUUAACAAUUACAGCUAACACAGCAUUUCCACCUCGUGAACGUUCAUCGUCUAUAAAAGGUCCAUGUGAAGAGGAUUUCAAAGUUCUUAAAUUAAUAUCUAAUGGUGCCUACGGCGCUGUUCAUCUAGUAAAACACCGUCAAACCCUGGAACGUUAUGCAAUGAAAAGAAUUUCGAAAUCAAAUUUGAUUCUACGUAAUCAAAUCGAGCAAGCGUUUGUUGAACGAGACAUAAUGACAUUUACAGAUAAUCCAUUUGUUGUUGCAUUGAUAUGUACAUUCGAAACAAAAAAUAAUCUUUGUCUCGUCAUGGAAUAUGUUGAAGGCGGUGAUGUCGCUACUCUAUUGAAAAAUAUUGGUGGACCUUUAAAUAUUGAUAUUGCACGAAUGUAUUUUGCUGAGACAACAUUAGCUGUUGAAUAUUUACAUUCCUAUGGAGUUAUUCAUCGAGAUCUUAAGCCAGAUAACCUUCUAAUAACAGCUGUCGGUCAUAUCAAACUGACGGAUUUCGGUUUAUCAAAAAUCGGUCUUAUGUCGUUGACAACGAGUUUCUACGAGAAACUUAUUGAUAAAGAAACGAAAACUUUUAAUGACAAACAAAUCUGUGGUACACCCUCAUACAUAGCUCCCGAAGUAAUAUUACGACAAGGCUACGGUAAACCUGUCGAUUGGUGGAGUAUGGGAAUCAUUUUAUAUGAAUUUCUCGUUGGUAUGCCACCGUUUACAGGGAAUACACCCGAUGAAUUAUUUGCAAAUGUGAUUAGCGGAGAAAUUGAUUGGGAUCAAUUAACAUCUGAUAUUGACGACGAUGAUUCACUGGACACAUUAGUUUGUCGUGAUGCGAAAAAUUUAAUUGAACAACUACUUGAACACGACCCAUCAAAGCGGUUAGGUACGCUAGGUGGCGCUCAUGACAUUCGUUCACAUUCAUUUUGUUCGUCUAUCAAUUGGAAUACGUUAUUACGUGAAAAAGCUGAUUUUGUACCCGUAUUAGAAUCACCGGAUGAUACAUCCUAUUUUGAUACGAGACAAGAUCGUUAUAAUCAUUCCGAUGAUGAUGAUGGUAAUUCAUCAUCAACACAUACGAAUGAUUCCGAUUCAUUGUUUGCAUCAUUUUCAUCAGUUCCAUUGAAAUAUGUUUCUGAAUUAUCGGGCAACUCUAAGCAGCGUUUUACAAAUAAACAAGAGAACGAUUCAACACCACCGAAGAAUGUUCUCAGAGCUAAUUCAUGUAUAGAUUCAUUUAUUUCAACUCAUAUUAUUCAGAUCGAUUCAUCCGAUGAUUUUCAACCACUUCUCAUGAGUAAAUCAAUGACCGAUGAAAAAGUUGAAUCACCUACGCUUCAAACUCCGUUUGGUUCGGGUACAUUUGAAGCAUUGCAUGUUUCCUCAGAUGAAUCAGAAUCUUCAUCAAAGAAACGCAAUUCAUCAUCUUCGUCUUUUUCAUCUUCUCAAAAGAUAACGAAUGUCGACGAGAAGAAAACAACAUCAACAACAACUAAACAUUAUAAGCAGCGUAAAAAUUUUGAAAAACACAAUUCAAUCGAUAGUGGAGAUGAUUAUCAGCAAGAAAAAAGUACAUAUCGUCCUCAUAAGAAAAGUCGAAUACCGCGAGCUUUAUCACCCAUUACAUCCAAACCAGCAAACCUAAUCGCGCCAAUUGUAUUAAUGUCAAGUGAAUAUUGUCGAAACUCAUCUUCAGCUUAUAAACCAAUUAAAUAUACGAAUCAGCAACAAAAAAAUUGUAGUUAUUCACGAUCACUAUCAAAAUCAUUCUCAUCCUCAUCCUCUUCAUCAUCACCACCACCAGCUCUAUAUUAUACUCAGGACGAUCGAUCAUGUCGUCAAACGCCUCGCCAUAAAAUGACUGUUUCUCCACUUGAACGUGAUACAACUCUUAAAGUUAAUCAACAAAAUUCAUAUUUAUUACCAACAAUAUCGCUCAUAAACUCAAUAGCAAGUAGUCUUGGACCACCUAUUAUUAUACGUCGUGGUCCACGUAGUUUUGGUUUUACCUUACGUGCUGUUAAAGUUUUUCAUGGAAAUACAGAUUACUAUACAACCCAGCAUGUUGUUGUGGCCGUUCAAGGACCAGCUAAAGAAGCUGGUUUAAACCCCAAUGAUGUUAUUACACAUGUUAAUGAACAGCCUGUUGCUGGUCUAUUUCAUUCGGAGGUUGUUAAAUUAAUUCUUAGUGGAUCCGAAAAAAUAUCUAUACGCGCUGUGCCUUGUUCUGAAACACAGAUACGUAUCGGCGGAAGACGUCGCUCACCAUCGAAACAAAAAAUUCGUCAUCAACAAUUGCCAGAAAAAAAAAUCUCUAGUCCACAGAUUGAUACUCAUCAACAUCAACCAUAUUGUUUAAAACAUCGAAUGAGUGCACCUGGCAAUAAUGCACUAAAUAACUUAAAUAAGAAAUAUCAAAACAAUACGUCUUUAUUUCGCCGGCUAAGCGAACGAAAAGUUGCUCGUGAUAUCGAAGCUGCGGCAGCUGCUGCUGCUGCUAAUGUUUCAUUAACUGUUCCGAAGAAAUAUUUCAAUCCACAUAGAAAUAAUAAUGACACAUUGUCAACAACAAAUGUAGACAUUCUUUCCUCUUCGUUGCCUUUACUUUCAUUUCAACAAUUAAUCAAUGAUGCGAAUAAUGAGCGAACGUCGCCAUCAAAACCAUCCAUGUCACUAACGAAUGAGUUCAAUUCACCGCAAGCGACUUCGCUGCCAUAUAUCGUCAAACAAAAAUCUCCGAUUUCAAAGCCAUCUUCGACCAAAUAUGCAUCGCCAUACGAUGAACCUACACAUUCAUCUCUUUGUAAAACUGUAUCUGAACCACCACGCUUUUUACGUCAAAACAAUCGGCCGAGCAAUCAAAUUCAAGCUUCGUCACGACGAAAUCCUCAAGAUCAAAAUUAUUUCUAUGCAUCAAUGAUUUCAUCGCAUAGGAAAAAACUUGUACGUCAAAAGUCAUUGAAUGUUUCACCAUCUCCAAGAUCCUUAUUACAAUCGACAGUUACAUGGGAAAAUAAUCUCACGCGAAAUAACCCAUCAUAUCAUCACAAUCCAUUAACUCGUUCAUUAUCGACUGAAUCACCAGCUGAUUCAACAUCACCAUUGGACACUGUUGAUAGCCAUCCGUCAAGCCCAACAUUUGUUUCUACAAAAUUUUUUUAUCGACGAAGAUAG